AUGGUCGUUUACGAGCCACUGCCAAAGCUCAGAGACGGGAAACCACUCAUGGCCUACAUCAGACAGGCCCAAUACAAGAAGCUUGAUCCAACAGGCGAGAAACUCAAGAUGAUCGAGCGUUCGAACCCAGAAAGACUCAGAGCGGGAGACGUGGUUAGUGUUUUCUACAAGAAUCAAAAGCCCGUGAUUGGAGCUAUCCUCAUGGUGAAGAGAAGCGGCGUUGCAUCUGCCAUUCUGCUGAGAAACAAGGUGGCUGGUUUGGGUGUCGAGGUGAACGUGCCGAUCUUCAACCCGAACGUGAUGAGAAUCGACAUCUUGCGUAGACCAGACACCUACCGUUCGAGAAAUAGACACUACUACAUCCGUAACAGCAGGCUGGAUGUCAAGGAGGUCAAGUUGUAA